AUGGGUGUCACUGGAUUAUUAACCAAAUUGAAACCAAUUCAGAAACAUAUCACUCUAGAUCAAUUAUAUUCUCAAAGAUUGGCAAUUGAUGGUUAUUCAUGGCUUCAUAAAGCUACGAUCGGUUGUUCCUACGAAUUGGUAAUGAAUUUAAAUACAAAUGCAUAUCUAAAAUAUUUUAUAAAAAGGAUCGAUAUGUUAAAAAGAUAUAAUAUUAAACCAUAUUUUGUAUUUGAUGGUGCCAAGAUAAACGUUAAAGAAGGAAUUGAAUCAUGUAGAUUAGAAAGAAGAAAUAUAAAUAAACAGAGAGGUGUAUCGUUAUGGGAGACUGGGAAACAUCUUGAGGCUAUAGAAUGUUUUAAGAAAAGCGUAGACGUUACGUCACAAAUGGCUAAAUGUAUUAUAGAUUAUUGUCGUUCCGAAAAUAUAGAUUAUAUUGUAGCUCCUUUUGAAGCAGAUUCACAGAUGGUAUAUUUAGAGAAAGAAGGUUUAGUUGAUGGUAUUAUCUCUGAAGAUUCUGAUUUACUAAUUUUUGGUUGUAAAAAUUUAAUUACAAAGUUAAACGAUAGAGGUGAAGCAAGACAAAUCGAAAGAAAUGAUUUUAAUAAAUUAGAUGAACUGUUUAAUCUUGGUGAACUGACAUCUAAACAAUUACGACUUAUGGUAUGUUUGUCGGGUUGUGAUUAUACUAGAGGGUUGGAUCAUGUCGGUUUAACUUUUGCAUACAUGUUUACACAAUCUGGGAAAUCAUUUGAAGAAAUUCUUGAAGAUUUUAUUACAUUAGGGAAAAUAACAAAAGAUAAUGCGGACAUUUUAUUGAAAGAAUAUUAUUUUGCAGAUUAUUCAUUUCAAUUCCAAAGAGUAUUUUCCCCAACUCAACAAAGAAUUGUAACUUUGAAUGACAUUCCAAUUGACCACUUGAAUAAUCAAGAAAGAACCGAUAUAUUAUAUUGUAGUAUUGGGAAUGUUAUUAAUAAGUAUACAAGAUCUCGUGAAUAUAUCAAAAAUGAUGAUGAUAUUGAUCAUGAGAUGCAUAGGUUAAUAAGUAUUGGUGAAAGGGAUCCGUCUAAUUUCGAUACAAGAUUAGUUAGUAGAGAAAAAUUAAUAAAUGAAAGUGGCAAAACUCAACGUUCAAUUCAAUUUUAUUAUUCAAAUCUAUGGAAAAAAUAUGCAUCCCCAUUACCAUUACAUCCAAUAUUUAAUAAGGCUCCCGUAGGAAAUCUUUCCCUAUUAUAUAAUUAA